CCAACGACUCAUCCCACAUAAUCUUCAAAGUCUUUCUUCCCACAAAGCAGAGAGAGAGAGAGAGAGAGAGAGAGAGAGAUGUGAAUGUUCCUAGCAAGUGAUGUUAGAGAUGUUAAUAGUUGAGAGAAAGAGAGGAAGAAGCUGUACGCUAUCCAAAGAAAAGUUUCCAGCCAGGAAAGGUUUGAACUUGUAUGCAGCCAUCCAAAGAAACAGCUUCCAACACGGAAAGGGUUCUUUGUUUUCCUCAUUCUCUUUCCUUAAUUUUCCCUUCUGUGUUUCAAAGACUCUUUCUUUGUUGAUUCUUUCAUGCCCAUGUCUUGUUUGUUUUAAAGAUUGGGUUUUUUCUUUCUCAUUAGUUGUUCUCUGUUGAUGUUCAUGCCCUCUUUCUUUCAAAGACUCAAUUUUUGUCCAUAAAGUUCAUCACUUUGAAAAUCAGAAGAAGAAGUAGAAGAAGAGAGAUGGGGUGUUUUAGCUUCUUGAAAGGGCAACACAGUGGUAGUAAGAGAAGUGGUAGAAGGGAAUCCAGUCCCAGACAGACAACUACACCAGCACAGCCUUCUACCAGCAUUGCUAGUGGCUCAGAUGGCUCUGCAGGAGGAACACAGCCUCCCAGCAAGUCUUCAGCUUCUACUUCCUCUCAGCGCAGCAUUACAAACAUGUAUGAGGAGAAGGCGCAAUGCCUUCGUGUUUUCGGCUUCGAUGAGCUUAGGCAUGCCACCAAUGACUUCAGUAGGCUUCUUAAGAUUGGAGAAGGUGGCUUUGGUAGUGUUUACAAAGGCUUCAUUGAUCUAAAUGGCAAUGGUGAGAAGAUCCCAGUUGCCAUCAAGAAGCUUAACCAACAUGGCUUGCAGGGACACAAACAAUGGUUGGCAGAAGUUCAAUUUCUUGGAGUUGUUGAGCAUCCAAAUCUUGUAAAACUUAUCGGCUAUUGUGGUGAAGAUGGUGAGAGAGGGAUUCAAAGACUGCUUGUUUAUGAAUUCAUGGCUAACAAGAGCUUGGAACAUCAUUUGUUCGGCCGAACAUUGCCGCCGAUUCCAUGGAAAUUAAGAAUAAAGAUAGUCUUAGGAGCAGCCGAAGGGUUGGCGUACCUACAUGAAGGAUUAGAAAUUCAGGUGAUUUACCGGGACUUCAAAGCGGCCAAUGUUUUAUUAGACGAAGAGUUUAAUCCGAAGCUAUCAGACUUUGGACUAGCCAGGGAGGGACCGACAGAUGGUCGGAGUCAUGUAUCAACAGCAGUUGUAGGAACAUAUGGUUAUGCAGCUCCGGAUUACAUAGAGACAGGCCAUCUCACUAUCAAGAGUGAUGUAUGGGGUUUCGGGGUGUUUCUGUAUGAAAUUCUCACCGGCAGGCGCACGUUGGAGAGAAACCGGCCAACCAACGAGCAAAAGCUAUUGGAUUGGGUAAAGCAAUUUCCUCCAGAUGCCAGAACAUUCGGCGUAAUUAUUGAUCCAAGACUUAGGCAUCAGUUUCCUAUUGAUGCUGCCCGGGAGGUUGCUAAACUUGCUGAUAGAUGCCUUGUGAAGGAGGCCAAACUCCGGCCAAGUAUGAGCAAUGUUGUCGAAUGCUUGCGCCAUGUGCUCCAAUUAUCGGAAGACUUCGAGGCCUCUGAACAGCAAAGACCAAAGCCCUCCCCCACACAGUCGAGAAAUGCGAAGAGAACAACAAAUAGGGCAUAGCAUAGAGGUUUAUUUGCGCGCCGAUGUAACUAAUCUUUGUGGCGGUACUAGCACUUGCAGAGAUGUUAUUCAUUUUGUUUUUCGGCAAAAUCCUGAAUUUUGAAAUGAUAAAGGAGUUUCAAGGUGUGCAUUUUGCAGAGGCAUGUUAAUCACAGUCAGUACCAAUGAAUUCAUUGGAAGAAGGAACAAAACUUGUAACAAAAUUCACAAGCAGCAGUGGUGUGGAAAGAUGGAUGGAUCUUAUUUAGCUUUUCUCUAUCAGGCUAAAAGAUUUCAGUCUAUUUUUUGUAAUAUAUAUUUACUCCGAGGCAUUUGUAUGUAUGUUUUCUUUAAAGCUUAUACAAUUUGGAAACAUUUGAUUUCAUGAAUA